AUGUCCAGACUAUUUCAUAAGAAAGAGCGCCACGAUGAUGUGGUGGAGGCUGCGGCCGCUGUCGGUGAGGUAGUGGCUGACGGCAACGAGGGUGAAAUGGUGACUGUUGAUCUACCAGCAGAGCGCAGUGGGUGCAAAACGUUGACACAUAUUGGGACAUAUCCUCUAGUGCAACAAACCAAGGAUAUCUUGGAACACCUUCCACCUGCCCGUAUUCUAGCCGCCAACACAAAGCCAAUUGUGGUAUCUGUCGUCCAUUCUAAGCCAGUGGCCAUUGUACGGCCUGUGGUCAAUAUCGCAGACUCCGUAUUCGACAAGACAUUGAGCGUCACGGAGAAGGUAGUACCUUCUUUGAAGACCAAGACAUAUCAGAGGUUGGGCGAGGAGAUCAUGUUGCCAUACACACUCACAAAGACGGUAAUUGUCAAGACCACGAAUGGGACUGUCAGCAUCGCCAACAACUUUGUCUACGAGCCAGCACAUGAGAAUAUCCUCAAGUUCCGCAGGUACUACAACCAGAGGUUGAUCGACACACACGGAAAACCACUAAUCCGGGGCUCAUUGGACUUUGUCGUCGGGCCCGCAAACAGACAGUAUGAGAGGCUCAUCACUCGCGUGCUACCAGAGGGGAAAGAGGUACCAGUUAACGGUUUCAGCAAUGAGGUCGACAGAAGCGUCGCUUUGACAUUCAACUUGGUAUCUCGCCUGAUUCCAGCAGCAGCGAAGAAGACCUCCCGUAUCAUCUGGAGCCCCUGGAAUUAUGCCAAACAUGUGAAUGACGUCUUUAACGAGAACCUAGACAAACAGGAGGACCUAUAUUGGGCUCACUCUUGGGACGCUACCAAGAACGCCAUCACCGAAUUGAACGCAGAAACCAUUGGGCACGUCAAACAGAUUAUCCCAGGCGUCCGCAAGGCCAACAGGGCCCCAGCGCAGAAUCCUAUCCCUGUCCAGCAAGAGGUUCCAAAACCCGCUGAGCCAGUAGAGGCGCCAUCUGAACCCCCACUAGAACAACAACAGCCCCAGGUUGUGCAGGAAGCUGUUGUAGCAUGA